UUAGGUGUUUAACAAUAACAAAGCAUGGCAACAUUAAUUCUGAGUGAACGCAGAAAGAGCUUGCCGAUAUUUCAUCCAUCUCCCUCGUAAAUUCUCGAUAGGCCAAAAGAUUGACAACAAAAGGCAUUAUUUUGAGGAACAUUGUUGUUUCAAAUGAUUCUGUAUAAAUAAGUGUUGUGUCUCGGGAGCCUGUAUUAGUGAUUUACACCGUGGAGGAAAAAAUAUGAAGAGGCGGAAUGCCGAAAGUGGCAAAUUGCGGCGCCCUUUAAAGCGCACAAAAAUCACCGAAGGAAUGUACGGAAACUCGCUCCUGUACCUGAAGUUCGUGAUGCUGUGGGCCACAGUGGUGCUGGCAGACUACAUGCUGGAGUUCAGAUUCGAGUUUCUCUGGCCGUUCUGGAUGAUGCUCCGAUCUGUUUAUGACUCAUUCAAAUACCAGGGAAUUGCAUUCUCAGUAUUCUUCAUCUGCAUAGCGCUCACGUCCGACAUGAUAUGUUUCUUCUUCAUACCGCUGCAGUAUAUAUUCUUCGCGGCAAGCACAUACGUGUGGGUGCAAUAUGUAUGGUAUUCAUUUGCAGAAAAAGGCAUAUGCCUGCCCACAGUAGUGGUGUGUUGCUUACUAGUGUACGUAGAAGGGGCGCUCCGGUCGGAGCGGACAGUCAGCAUGGAGCUGACGCGGCCGCUCGCGGCGCACUGCGUGGGCUACCCCGCCGUCACGCUCGGAGCGGGCGUCAAGGCGCACAUAACGCGAAGGCUGCGGCUGCGGCGGCAGCGGCAGGUGCGACAGGAGAACGAGUUCUACUUCCAGCUCAUGAGGGACGCGCUACCUGAGAGCGCGCUGGAGCAGAACCAGCCGUCCAAAGACGGCGCGCCGGAGUGUGCGGCGCCGGCGCCGGCGCAGGACGCGCGGCUGCUCAACGGCUCGCUCAAGAAGCGGCCGAACGGCACCGCCGACCCCGCGCUGCACGCCAAGUUAGAUAAGGUAGAGAAGCCCGCGGCCAACGGGCGCGCGCACGCGCUCAGCAACGGGCAGGCCGGCAUCGACGACGACCACAGUAAAGGUGGUACAAAAUCGUCGAAGUGUGAAAAGAAAGAGGCCAGUACAUUAAAAGAAGAAAAGAAAAAGAGUAAAAAUAAGGAUAAGGAUAGCAGCGAUAGUCAUAAGAGUACAGAACAUAUAAAAGAACAAAUAGUUAAAGAAAAAGAAGUGGAAAGUACAAAAGAAACGAGAAGUAACAAGGAGUGCAAUAGCAACAAGGAGAAAGAGAAGGCACUAGAAAAGGAGCGGGAGAGAGAAACGCGGGAGCGGGACAAGGAACGCGAGAGGGAGAGAGAGCGAGAACGCGAAUUGCGCGAAGCUCGCGAAUACGCCGAAGAAAUAAAGCGACUGAAAGCCGAGCUGGCAACGUCGCGCAACAACGAGGCGGAGGCCCGGCGCGCGCUGGCCGCCGCCGCCGCCGCGGAGCGGCAACGUCGCGCCGAACACGCGCAGUUGAAGCAACAGCAUCAAGCGUUGCAACAUAAAAUAGCGACGUGGCGCACGCACGAGCGAGCAACUCUAGAGCGACGGCUCGGCGAGGAGCGGCGCGCGCGCACUGCUGCCGAGCACCAGCUGCAGCGGGCCAAGCGACAGCCGCAACAUACAAGCAACAACAACCAGUCGGGCUGCGACAACGAGUGGUGCCGCGCGGCUAUUCGUUGCGGAGAGGCCGAGGCCUCGGCGCUUCGCCGCGAGCUCGCGAGAGCGAGACAGCACGCCACGGAUCAGGCCUGCGCCCUGGAGUCGCGCUCGCCGGCGCCGCCGACCGCCUCCCCCGAGGCGGCGGGCGGCGCGCGCCUGGCCGCCGCGUGCGCCGCGCUGUCCGAGCGCUCGGCGCACCUGCAGCGCGCGCUCAGCGCAGAGACCAGGGUCAAGCUGGACCUGCUGCAGGCGCUGGGCGACGCCAAGCGACACAUGCACAUACAGGAGGGCUUAAUAUCCCGUCAAGAGAAAGAAAUCGAAGAACUGAAAGCUCAAAUGCUGGCCGUGAUGCCAACGGAGUUUGUUACGGCGGCGGGCGCUGGCGUCAGCAAGCUGCGUUUAUCCGACGGGUCCCCGCUCGACCCUAAUGCCUCCGUGUACACGCCCAAGCAGCUUUGCUCGGACGCCUAAACUGGACUGGACUGGAUUCAAUGGACUGAGGUUUGGUGAUAAUUCUUCCCAAAUUGAAG